GCGACGAACGAUGUGAAAGGGGGGAGCUGACCGAAGGGAAGCGUUUGCGGCGGCGGGCGGGCCAGCGCCGAACACCUGUUGGUUUGAACACCGGCGCCGCGGACGUGGUUGAUCGCGUGCGUAGUCUUCUGCGCACACCGACGACGACCGCAGUCGGAUUGUCCCCAUCGCGAAGAGUGUGACUCGAGCGUCAGUGGACGUGGCGGCGCCGGCCAUGAGGAAGUACGCGACGGGACCCUAGCGCGGGCGCGUGGGCGCGCCGUGACCGCGACCUGGAGAGUCCCUCGCUCGUCGUCUCCCGCAGCGGCGGCGAUGACUGGGCUGCGUGCCAGCGGCUGCUCGAGGUGAAUGCGGCCCGGCGGCCCGGUGGUCGUCGCCCGCCGGCAUGAGUCGACGCCGUUGUCCGGCGGCGAGGAAGAAGCGCAGGCGCGUCCGUGACGGCUGCGGGCCCCCGCCAGAGCAUCGCCGCGCGGGCGGGCCCUGAGGCGAGCAUGGGCCGCUCGCUGCUCUACCCGACCUAGAGGAGCAGCGGCGCGAGCAAGCUCGCCGCGGUGGCCGCAAGCAUGAAGAAGAUGGGGCUCCGCUCCGGCGGCGCGCGCUGCGUGGAGCCCGGAGGCCGGAUCGUCAAGUACACGCCUUGCACGCGGCGGGACAUGCGCGUCGACGACGACCUGGACGAGAUUGCGGUCGUCAGCAACGCUGCGCCUGAGAACGUAAAGUACGGCGCCAGCGGCGGCGGUUCGCUCACGACCAACGGACCCAGGGUGGUGCCGGGAAUCAUCACCUCCGCUGGCGGUGAGCGCCUCGAUCGCCGCUCGUCGCCCCUGUACACGGGUCGUUCCUCGGAGAACAUCAAAUCGGCCUCGUCGCGACAGUCGCUGCUGGAGACAGUUGCGGGUAAGCUGCAGCACCGCGGAUCAGUGUCAGCCGCCGCCGCCGACGGCGUCCGGUCCCGCCCGAGCCUGGCCUUCAUCAACCGCGCGCAUGUCAGCUCCGACCUGGAGAUUACCCGCAAGACGCGCGAAUUGCGCCGCCGGGAGAUCAAGCGCGAGUUCGAGAAGUGGGACGCGACGGGAGGAGGCGCCGGGGGUGGCGGAGACCGGUCACGCUGCAAGUGGACCUUCGUGUUCGAUCCGUCGGGACGUCUCUGCUACUACUGGUCCAUGGUGGUGAGCGUUGCGUUCCUAUACAACUUUUGGGUAAUCAUCUACCGCUUCUCCUUCUGCGAGAUCAGCGCGUCCAGCAUAUUCGUCUGGUUCGCGCUCGACUACCUCGCCGACUUCCUUUAUGUGCUGGACAUACUAUUUCACUUCCGUACGGGCUUCCUCGAAGAAGGGGUCUUGCAGACCGACUCAGAGAAGCUUCGCGCACACUACAUGAACUCGACCAUGUUUUACAUCGAUGCGCUUUGCCUACUGCCGCUCGACUUCUUGUAUCUCUCCAUCGGCUUCAACUCGAUCCUGCGCUGCUUCCGCCUCGUGAAGAUCUACCGGUUCUGGGCCUUCCUGGACCGCACCGAGCGGCACACCAACUACCCGAACGUGUUCCGCGCCGUAAACCUGACGCACUACGUGCUGGUUAUUUUCCACUGGAAUGCCUGCCUGUCGCAUAUCAUCUCGACGACAGAUGGUUUCGGCUCUGCCGGCUGGUUCCGCAGCAGCUCGUGCGAAGCGAGCGACGUGCUGUGCGAGUACCUGCACGCCUUCUACUGGAGUACGCUGGCGCUGACCACCAUCGGCGACCUGCCGCGGCCGCGCACCAAGGGAGAGUACCUGUUCCUCGUCGUGCAGAUUGUGCUCGGUUUGUUUCUCUUCGCGGCCGUCUUGGGCCACGUGGCCAAUAUUGUGACCAACGUCAGCGCGGCCCGGAAAGAGUUCCAAGCCAAGUUGGACGCGGUGAAGACGUACAUGCGGAUGCGUCACGUACCGGAGCACCUGCAGAACAAGGUGAUCCGGUGGUUCGACUACCUCUGGCUGACGCAGAAGUGCUCGGACGAGGAGCGCUCGGUGGGGUGCCUGCCCGACAAGCUCAAGGCUGAGAUCGCCAUCCACGUUCACCUCGACACGCUCAAGCGUGUCGAAAUCUUUCAGAACACCGAGGCAGGCUUCCUAUGCGAGUUAGUGCUCCGCCUGAGACCCGUCCUCUUCAGCCCUGGCGACUACAUCUGCAGGAAAGGUGAAGUGGGCAAGGAGAUGUACAUCGUGAACCGUGGCCGGCUCCAAGUGGUCACGGACAACGGCAAGACGGUGCUGGCGACGCUGCGCGCGGGCUCUUACUUCGGCGAGAUCUCCAUCCUCAACAUGGGAACGGCCGGCAACCGCCGCACGGCUUCGGUGCGCUCCGUCGGCUACUCGGACCUCUUCUGCCUCUACAAGCAGGACAUGUGGGACGUGCUCAAGGACUACCCCGCCGCCCGGGUGCGUCUCGAGGCGAUCGCCGUCAAGCGGCUGGAGAAGUACAAGCGAGAGCCGAUGCGCAAAAUGUCCCUGGGCCGGAGCCGGAGCACCCCGGGCCUGGUCGAGUCUCGAGGCAAGCUGCCCUUGGAAGAGGUGACACCAGGCGCCCCCUCCAAGGAGGCCUCCUCCUCAGUCGCCGCCCUCCUCCAGCCCUCCCCUCAGCCGGCCGAAAGCCCCCUCAGCAGCAGCCGCAAUAACGGUGCCGUACGCCACGACCAGCAACCCCAAAAGCAGCACCCACCGCCGCCCGCCGCGCCCUCGGCCGAGUCGAGGCGGCUGACGAGCACGACGGUGACCACCACACCGGCAUCGCCGUACCGUCAGCCAUCACCGGGCGUUCCCUACGUGGCGGCAGACUUGUCCAGCAACGCGAGCCCGGUCGGCACUUCGCCCGCGUCCACGGCACAGCUAAUGGUGCCGAGCCCCUUGCUGUGCGGCGGCAUGAUGGGCAGUGCCGGCGGCAUGAGCCCCUUUUCGGUCCGGGACGCGUCCCAAGAGGCCCUGCUUGCCGAGAUCAAGAGACUGCGUGAGCGGCUGGUCACGCUCGAGGCUGAGAACGCCACCAUGAGCGUCAAGUUGAGCCAGCAGCAGUGGGAGGUGGAGAGCCGGCUCGCCGAAAUCGAGCUGCAGAUAUGCGGCGCCGCGAGUCCAGAGAGCAGUGGAUGCUCCUCGGACGAACAGGAGCGCAACCGAGAGUCUAUCAUAUGACAUCUGCCGCUGCUUCUCCUCAACGGCUUCUUUGCUGCUGCUAAUGCGGCCACGAAGCCCGCCACCCCUUGGACGUCGACGUGGGGGAACUCUUUGGCAGCGGCAGGACAGGCCAGGCGCACCCACACUUGUUACCAGCGUCUGGUGCACGCCUCUAUGAAGGCCGUGCUGCAGUGUGAAAGAGACGGCGUCAUAUAGCACAAAUAAAAGUCCUCGCCACCUUCAGUCGACAUCAGCCUGUUUUUCCGAAGAUGUAAAUAAAAUGUCGCCACUCCCAGCGAAGUCACCAUGGGUCCGAAUACAACUCCCCGGCGAGGUUGCAUUUCACCGAAAGUCGUUGUGAGCGUGAACGCAAGACUACGAGAACACAAAUAAGUGUGCACAUGCGUUCGGAGCAGGGGAAUCAAGUGACUAUGGCAUGAGGGUGAACUUUCACUCCGACACAGACAAAAAACAAUGAAACGCACUACUGUUUCUUUCUGCUUUCCUUGCUUAUACUUCUUUUUUGCUUAGUUUGGUCGAUCAAAUACGAAGAACUUUAAAUUCAUUCUUGCUGAUUUCUCUUGUACUUUUUUUUUCGCAUCAUCAAUUUUCUCUCAGUCUCAGUGCCGCACUAGCACUUUCGACCAAUGGAAGACUGCGACAACAGACUCUACCUAUCACUGGCAUCUUCCUAUGCCUUGUGCUACUUUAGAAGUGCAUGUGUUGCUGUGUGUCUGAAGCGAAUGCCAACUCAGAUGGCGCAUCACUUCUAUGGCUGUAACUAUUUUGUCCUUUUUGCUUUUUUAAACCCAUAUGGGUGAAUUUGUGUGGUUGAGUGCUGUGAAAUAGUAAUAAGGACCACCAUGUGUACCCUCAACUUUUGCUUGCGCCCGCCUGUGGCGUGUCGACGAAAUUGAUUAGAAAUGUUUGAAAGGUUUUGGCGAAGCAUGUUGUAUAGGCUUGCCCAAAGAACAAAAGUGAAUGUGAUCGUGAUGACAGGAAAAAAGGUAGUCUAGUAUUAGUUAAGUAUAUCUCUUCUGUGAUUGUUGUUGCCAAAAACGUACAAGUGAAAAUAGGUAUUGUUUUAAUGAAAGCUAAAUAGACUGGUUGUGACCGUGUCACGAUGCUGUGCAGACACAUGAAAAAAGGGCUCACAAGCUGAAGACUCAGUCUCCCAUAACGUUUAAGCGAAACUUCAACACCAUCAACCUUUAUCUCUCUAAGUGAUGAGAUGCCUAUGUAGGAGGUUAAGAAAUUAUUUCCGAGCUUGAAGAAAAAAAUCUGGGAUUAGGUUUCGGUAGAUUCGAUACCUAUAAGUCGAUACUUUACCGUAAGUCUUAGGCUAGAUUUUGAUGACACAGGGUUCAUAGAUCUUAGCGUCGUCUGGUAUGAUAGACUCAGGAAGGUUGAUGUAACUUGUUCUUAGACAGGUUCUCUGAAAACACGGAGAACUUUCUGUCAAGCAGAGGAACAGGAACGCAUGAAGUUUUGUGCGUAGGAUAUGAUAGGUUUACUCGAAUUACGCGAUGAAAUAGCAGCGCUUGUCCGCAUAGCGAGAGCAGCAUAGACGCAUUGAGUAUGAGUAGUUAUUUUAUGUGUAGGUCUUAUUUUCUUGUCAAUUAGAAGUAAAAUACAAGAUGUAAACUAGUGAAUAACAUGAAUAUAGAAUCAAAGAAACCACGUAGCCGAAAAUAAAAUUCAAUAUUUUAAAAUAUUAACGAUAGCUAGCUUUCAACGCUGUCGAUGCUACGAAUUUAUUCAUACAGGCAAAGAAAAAAUCAUGAACAGGAAUGAGGAACACCAUUAACUUGAAAUUUGUUUCAUGGUUGGGAAUCAAGUACAAAUACAAGCAAAAGACACAAUUCGUUAAGAGAUUUCCUACUUGUCAGCGGGAGAAAAAUUCUCACCACGCAUUGUCUGACACAAUGUCCUUUGACGAUGUGGACAAGUUUUCGGUUACAUCAAGCAUGCCUGUAACGUUUAUUUAGCACGGUUUUCAUUCAGGGGCCAGUAGAGUGAGGAAUUGACCUCAACUUGAAAGGGAAGAGAGAAGGGAGCUACAUAUAUUUCUCGGUGCAUCAUCUUUGUAUGACGUUGAAAAAAAAACAAAUAUGUAUUCAGACGAGCGCCUACACUUUUAAUAGAUCACGGUUGUUUGGAAGCACAUAUUUUGUCGCGGAUUAGCCAUCAGUGCAUCCGCGGUGCUUACUCAGAACAGGAAUUCCUUGUGCUCGCCAAGUGUCAUACUUUGUCUUUCGCGUAACACAAUAAUGUGUAACAUUAUCUCGACAGAUUUCUUAUAUUGUCUCACUCACAGGCACAAAUGUUUGCUUGGAUCAUCCUCAAUACUGUCAUGGACCAAUCAUCAUCCCGGCUUCCUUUGUUUAAACACCGCACUAUGUGGGACCCAGUUGCAUGCAAUUUGAGAGGUGACUGGAUGUAUAUUAACACUUCAUUGAGAGCCAGCAUGGAAGCAACCUUUAUCCACUCCCCCUCCCCCGUGUACACACAUACAUAAGCACACAAACGGACUGCAUGUUUGUGCAUGUAGGAGAAAGGCAUGUCAUCAAGCCAGAAAAUUUCACUCGUGCUCAUCACAGCGUUAAAAUUUCACAGUUAAUUAUUUCAUCCUUGCUUCAUUUCAUAUCUUGACCUUCUACAAAUGUUUUUUGCAUUAUUCAUGUAAAUUCUUCACAGCUUAGCUAAGGAGAAUAAUUGAAAAGAUCAUGGUUAAAAAUAAAUUCGCUUUAGAAAACUUGUAGCAAUGUCUGCAGUCAAGGUAUGCUUAAUUAUUAACCAAUGAAAUGAACUGCUAUUCAGUUUCUCGUGUGGCAACAGUUGAUAGUAUUUAAAUGUUCAAAUACUUCAUUUCAAUUUCCUCGGUGUUUUAAAAUCUUUUUCUGCUCGGCACAAUUUUAGUAGUUUGAUGUUUCCAAAAGUCAUUUUAUUGAGAACGUUUUUUGAAUGGAUAUAAGUACACAUACAAACGAAAGCUCUAUGAGUAGUUGUUUGAGCAAGAUAUUUCUUAUGCAGCACAGUAAAAGUCGUAAUAAACUGUCUACAAAUGCUCAUGAACUUGUUAAAUACUCCACACUAGAGCUCAAGCAGUGACCAAUACAGUUUUUUUUUCAGUUUCCAAAAAACAAUAACUUAUUUUCAAACAUAAUAGUACUGUUCAUAAGGAAUAACGCGCAUAGUAAUAACUCCAGUGACAUCGAUGUUCAACUGCCUGCAAACGUUUCUCCUUGCUGAUGCGUAUGAGCAAAGAAUAAGAGCUGGAACACCUCACGGUAUUUCCCCAUUGCAUUUUGCUUUACGAUUGAUAGUCAUAUGGCUGGUUAGGUAAUGGAACAAUUAGAAGCGAUUGCGAUUCCAAUUGUUAAUGUUUGAAAAUAAUGAUGAUACAGACAUGUUUUCACGCAUGUAUGCUGUUGAAUUCAGACUUUCAAAAGUUGCCACUAUUGAAUCCCCUCGAAGGGAGAAAAUUUCGCUUUCGAAUUGAGUUAAAUGAGCAAACACAAUAAGAACAUUUCGUACAGAUAAGGAGCAGUGCUAGCUGCCCAGAUAAAUUGAAUGAAACUUAAGGAACCAAAUCCCUACCAGGCAUCGCUUACCGGCUUUUUUUUUUAAUUUUGAACACACAUCAUUCGCUGGAAUACUCCAGAACAAAAAAAAAAAAGAACUUCACCUCUUCUUACCCUGCGCGUACUUUUUGUGCACAUGCCAGACAGACAGUGCGAAACCGCUCAGACUCUUACCACAUCCCAUUUUUCAAGUCUUAUCCUAGGACAAAGCGAGAAAUUUUGAACGCCCUUUCUCUCUAUCGCUCCUUUCCUUUAACACUUUCUCGCACACUCUCUCUCCUUGCAUGUGUGUGUGUUCGUGAGGAAGCGAAAGCACGGCAAACAUGGAAGGACGAGCACUUUUCCCGGUUCCCGUCGCACGUUCCACGCCGCGCAAAGGCUGGGGAGCGCUCAGGGCGGGCGUACAUCUGAUGCAUUUUCAAUCGAAUCAAACUAGUUCGGAAGAAGGCCUCAGUAGCCGAGCGGCUGCCUUCGUUGUCGCCGAAAAUUGGCGAAGCAAGAGGGUCGCCGUAAUCCACGAGUUCCCACUGCUCUGCUUUGCUUUCGUCCGUAUUGGAGAGGGCGCCCCUUUUUCGGAGCGUGAGAACAUUUACAAUUCAUUGCAUUCCUCGAGCGCUGCAAUAAAUUCGUUAAGUGGUGGUUCCCGACACGACCACCGGAAGCCCGCUGGUCCCCUUCAUCCCUUCCCGUAAUCUUCGAAAGCUUUUAAAUACCGAUGUACAUCUCCCUCUCUUUUUUCUCAUCUCGCUGUCUACUUAUUGGCCGUACACUGGCAAAGGCACUGCUUGAAGAACUUCAGAUGUCGCCACUGUUAGCCCACCUGCAAGACCGAAGUUUCGUGUUGAGCUGUUCCUAAUAAAAAGAAAAAAAAAGGUUGAUAAAAAA